UUGCGCGCAGUUGGCGGCAGCUGCCCAGACGCGGCUGCAGGAGCAGGAGCAGCAGGACCAGCCAGGCGCGCGCUCGUGGGUGCGCGCUGUUUCCCGUCCGUCCGAGCCCGCAGGAGCCUCUGUGCGCUCGCCAUGGUGGACAGCAUCUACCGGACCCGCUCGCUGGGCGUGGCGGCCGAGGGGCUGCCGGAUCAGUAUGCCGACGGCCGCGCGGCGCGGGUCUGGCAGCUCUACAUCGGCGACACGCGGAGCCGCACCGCCGAGUACAAGAACUGGCUGGUGUCGCUGCUGCGCGCCCAGCGCUGCAACACGGUGCUCGACGUGGCCUGCGGCACCGGUGUGGACUCCAUCAUGCUUGUUGAGGAGGGAUUCAGGGUCACUAGCGUGGACGCGAGUGACAAGAUGCUCAAAUAUGCCCUGAAGGAGAGAUGGAACCGCCGAAAAGAGGACGCUUUCGACCACUGGGUCAUCGAGGAGGCUAACUGGCUCACCCUGUCACAGGACCUAGAGAAGCCUGGCAAGGGCUUUGACGCUGUCAUCUGUUUAGGAAACUCUUUUGCACACCUCCCAGAUUUUAAAGGUGACCAAGGUGCCCAUAAACAGGCUCUGAAGAACAUUGCCAGUAUGGUGCGUCCAGGUGGAAUCCUUGUCAUUGACCACCGUAAUUAUGACUACAUCCUGGAAACAGGCUGUGCUCCUCCUGGGAAGAACAUUUACUACAAGAGUGACUUAACCAAGGACAUCACUACAUCUGUACUUCUUGUGAACAACAAACCGAGCAUGGUGACGCUGGACUAUACAGUGCAGGUGCCACCCGAGGGGAAUGACGGAAGCCCGGAACUAAGCCAGUUCCGCCUCUCCUACUACCCCCAUCGCCUGGAGCCUUUCACAGAACUGUUGAAAAAUGCUUUCCAGUGCCCGUGUGAACACAGCGUCUUGGGGGACUUCAAGCCUUACACCCCGGGCCAGCAGUACAGCCCAUGUUAUUUCAUCCACGUGGUGAAGAAAACUGGCUGAGAAUUACUCUGCCGACGACUCCAGCAGGUGUAGGCGGUUUCUUUUCAGCUGCUGGAGUGGCCAGUGGGGGCGCAAGCAGCAAUGAAUGUGCAUAAGAGAUACCUGAACCAGAAGAGGAAGUACUUGAAGGAGUCUUUCCCCUCCCCUCCAUCUUGCCUUUUUCUAUGGGGGGAAAUCUAGUUAAUCUGUUUUGGGAGACUGGAGGAGCCGUCGCUCAAAUCGGGGAGGGGAGCUCUUGAGGGAAGGUGGUAGCAAUGGCUUGCUUUGCAUCUGAAUCAUAUGCAAGGUCACAUGAGCUUACUAAACUUUGUUUCUUGAUAA